ACGCUUCUCGGUAUUUAUUUAUUUUACUUUAGAAUAAUGAAGGUCAAAGGCUCAGACUGACAAUUGUUCUUCUAACUUCCCUUCCGACUCAUAUGUUGUUCUGCCAGCAAUAUAAAUGGCACGUAUGAUUCAGAAGACAUUUGAUUUUCAUGACUGUUUGAUAGAAUUUCGACUGUUUUCUGAACUUAGGGUGCGUUGAUAGAUUUAAUUGGGGUUGGUGCCGACACAAUUCGGGGGAUUUCACCUAAUAGCAUGAGGAAUCUGUGAGGAUAAACUAUAAACCAUGGAAGCCGACAGCAAGGAAGUUUACCCUACCCAAUUGGAUCUACUGGUGAACAGAAUGAAUUGCACAAAUACUGAUGACAGUUCCAUAACUGAAAUGAAGAGCUCUGAGUUCACUGUCGAUAAUGAUGGCUUUUACGAUCCUGGCGAUGAUUUGGCAGAGCUUCACUGGCUUGCGAGCUUUUUAGAGGAACCUUCACUAGGAAAUGCACCAAAACCACCGGUUUAUCCUUGUUUUGGAGCACAAACUAAGGAUAUACAUGGUGCAGAACAAAUUUCUGAUGAGUUUAGGAACUCAAGUAGUAUUUCAGCAUUGGAAAGCAGCUCUUGUUCUGGAAAUAUACCUAAUCGUAUUCCUGAUGUGACUGCUUCAGGAAAGGUAAGAAGUAUCACGUUAAGAGUCCCGUGUAGCAAUUGGCAUUCCAGGAGUUCUUCCCUUGCUAAAUCUAAUCCGGACUCGGAGAUUUGUUCAAACGCUUCUGUCUCUGCUAAUGCUGCUGUCUCCAAUUCUUCAGAUUUCUUGAGUUCUGAGCAAGCAAAAUCCAAAUGCUCAAACAGACUUUGUGAGACAGAUCAGGGAAUUGAAGCAAAAUGGGAGGAUGCGACAAAGGUCAUCAAAUGCAUGAACUGUGACACACAGAAAACCGCUUACUGGAAAGAUGGACCAAAGAGACACUGUAUUUCUUGCCUUACAAAGCAUAAUAUGUCUGUAGGCCAUCUAAAUCACUUCGUCUCUGAGAAAAAAGAAUGGCAUUUUUCAAACAAGAUUUUCAAGAGACGGCAGGGGAUCAAAAAGAAGGAACAAGGUAAGCUACGGGUCAUAAAAUGCAUGCACUGUGGCACCCAUAAAACUCCACAGUGGAGAGCUGGACCAAUGGGUCCUAAGACACUAUGCAAUGCCUGCGGCGUGAGAUAUAGGUAUGGAGGACUUGUACCAGAAUAUAGACCUUCUGCAAGUCCUACAUUUUCGGUUGAUAAGCACUCCAACUCCCAUAAGAAGAUCUUGGAAAUGAUCGGUCAAAAGGAAUUUACAUCACAAGCCUCCGAGGCAAAAAAAACAUGUUCUGGUUCUGAAGUACAAGCUUCCUACAUGAAACCAUCACAAGAAGUAUUGGAAAACUGUCCAAACUCUUCCCUCCUUGCUAAUACUGCAGUAUGUAGUGGUUCAGAUUACUUUGUUUCCAAGCAGACAAAAUCUGAUUCCUUAAAAGAAAUCCCAAAGUCGAAGCAGGGGAUUAUUAGAAAGGGGCAAGCUGCAACGAAUGCCAGGAAAUGUGUUGACUGUGGCAACCAGAAAACCCCACAUCGUAGAGCUGGAACAAUGGAUUGUAAGACACCAUGCAACACCAGUGAUGUUAAUUCUGGAAGAAAUUCGCCAGAGUACAGACCUGUUGCAAGUCCUAUAUUUUCGGUUGAUAAACACUCUUACUCCCACAAGUCGGUCUUGGAAAGGAAGGCGCAAAAGGAAUUUGUCUAUCAGGAAAAACAAACACAUAUUGCUUCCGAAUUACAAGAUUCAUGUGCUGAACCACCACAAAAUGGAUUGGAGAAUCAACCAAAAUCUUUUCUCUCUGCUGAUGGUUCAGUCUGUAGUGGUUCUGAUCACUUUGUUUCUAAGCAAGUGAACUCUGAUCCCCUAAAAAAGAUUCAAAAGACAAACCAGGGGAUCAUUAGAAAGGUGCAGAAGGCAAUUAAGGCCAGGAAAUGCAUGCACUGCAGCAUUAAAAGAACCCCACAAUGGAGAGAUGGACCAAUGGGUCCUAAGACAUUAUGCAAUGCCUGUGGAGUGAGAUACAGGUCUGGAAAACUUCUACCAGAAUACAGACCUGCUGCCAGUCCUACAUUCUCAGCGACUAAACACUCAAACUCCCACAAAAAGGUCUUGGAAAUGAGGAGUCAAAAGGAAUUAGCAGCCCACCCUUCAUAGACCAAAUCAACACAUUUUGGUUUCCAAAUACAGCCUUCUUAUAUGUAAACAUCACAAAAAGCUGGCAAUAUUAAUUAUUGAGGAAUUGAGACAUUCAAAGCUCAUCUCAGGCAUGUAGCUUUUGACUAAGGAUUCUUUUAUUAUUUGUAAUUGGUUCUUAGUGCAGGAGGUUGCUCGGUGAAAUCAUUUUUGCAGACAUUAUUCUUUAACAAAUACAAUCGAUAUGUAAGGUCCAAAAUUUUAGUUUCUUGCUGCCGAAACCUGUAUUUUGUCUCGAGGGAAGUGGAAUAUAGACAAGGUUGUAGAUUUAUUGUAUGCAAUUACUAAUAUUUUCUGCCUCUGUGUUGGGUGUGGAAUACUCUAGGAAAAUAAUCAAUGCACUAAGUGUGGAGCAGACACAAUGGUCUUGUAAAAUUGAAUUUAAAAUCCAUAUCUUGAUAGCAUUGGGGAUGUCCUCUGUAACAGUCUUCAGCCUUUCCCAAAUGAUGAUUUUGAAGCUUCAGCCCUAGUGCUAGGUCUAAGGAUUGUCUAUGUGGAAAAUACAAGGAUGACAUUGAGAGUGACUCAAUAAUUGUUAUCAUUAACCUGAAAAAUAAGGGUUAAAGAUCUGCUGGUUAUACAUGAUACGUAGUCAUAUCAAAGACAUCUAUAAUCUAAAAUGGGUUAUUUUCAGAGCUCAAAAAUUCAUCUAACUAGGAUCUUGAUAUCUAUUUAGUAUUACUGAAAGGAAAGUACAUGAAAUCUAACGCAGAGCGGACUUCAUUCCAAGAAAUUUAGUAAAAUACAUAACAUAGAAAUCUGAAUUGAAAUUACAUUUUAUUCUUAGAGAUACAUACUAUAAUAAUGUGGUCUUUGGCUUAUUCACGUGUAUCUAAAUAACUUGCCAUUCUAGAAGCUAACACUUCUACUUUCUCUACCCAAUAUAACUUAUAGAUCUGUCUCAUUGGCUUCCCUUUAUAGCUAGUUUCAGAUUAAACAUUGUCAUUCUUCCCUAGCCAUUACAAGUCGGCUUGUUUCCCUCUACUUCUUCUAAUUGUCAACACAGUAAAAACUGUUUCAUACAAACUUACACUCUAAGCAACAGAAAGGCCAACUUCACACUUAAAUACAUACAUAACAAAAUAUGUAUAUAGUCCAUAUUACAUUUAUACAAAGAGUAUCCAGAAACCCCCUAACAGUAAGGCAAUCACUAGCUGUCCUCUGAAGACCAUCUUGGAUGAGGCCUUCCAGCUCGUAUCUUCCAAAUAGUAAGGAAAUCACGAGACGCAUCUGAAGGCCAUCCUGGAUGGGGCCUUCCAGAAUUCGUGUGUUACAUGUUACUGCCUGGUAAACAGACCACAAAACUAACAAGGAACUUCUCUUGCCCCAUAUCAAACUCAGACGAUUACAAGCCAGAUUUCAAAGCAUUAGGAGGGGUUAGAGAGCCACUAGAAAACAUAUUUCAUAAAGCUCAAGGUAUUGCUACACUAAUUAAGAAAAGUGGGGUAGCUAUAAUGAAGAGAAAGUUAUGUAUACAUUCAACAAAAGUAUUGUGUUUCUGGUUUGGCCAUGCUAGGUCGUGUUGAUGUGUGUUUUAUGCACAUAACAAUACAGAAUAAAUUACCAAGAUAAUUUACCCUCUCUUGAACAAAAUCACCUCAGAUGCUAAGAAUGAGAUCAACUAAAAUGUUUCCAAGGUUUCUACAUGUCAGGUCUUGACGAGUGGGUAAGUUCAGUGGUUGAUAUGAAUUGCUGUGUUUCACUUGGGGACUUACGCAAAUGUUUGGAUUAUCAUGAAUGAUGCAGAAUAGGUGUGCUGACAACUUAAGAUUUAUCAAUAUGGCUCUGGAUUUACUUCUUACUAAAAAAGGGAGAAAAAGAAUACGGUUCAGGAAAUCUAUUCUAAGCCUAGGAAUGUAGGAAAUGAUGAAUGGAUCUAGUGGAAUCAAACCAAGCAAGGUCUCACAAUCAGGUAUUGACACAAGUUUAGUGCAAUCAUCUAAGGUAUACUUAAAGAUUUUCAGGCUAUCACCAUCAAAUGUAGACACCAUCCAAGUUGAUGCUUGUCAACGGACGCGUAAUAGUUGAAGUUAUGCUUACUCAAAUUUCAGUUGACCACACAAGGCGCGCUUACCAACGGCAAGAGGCUAGUGGUAUGGAUUAAGGAUUCCACACAAAUAUACUCAACAAAUCUUCCACUCAAUCUAACAUACAUGAAAAUAAAUUCUAAUCUAAAUUCUAAUCUAACUUGGAGGAAUUGAGAACCAUGAAUGCAAAUACAACACUUGAAGAGCAAAAUCACCAACAAUUGAACAAUGAUUAGGAUUCAAAUAGCUGCAGCAUUUACCAACAAUUCUACAAAAACUCUCCCUUACAAAUGAGAGACAAGGAGGCAUAUAUAGAGCCUCAAAAGAAAUGAAUGGCUCAGAUUGAUUCAAGAUCAACGACCAAGAUUACAAGAUAACCCUAAUUAGGGUUUGUACAACCACCAGUACAUUGGCCAAUAAGAAACGAGGAUAGGUAAGAUAAAUAAUAUUUGAUGUAGCGCCAUGUGUCACCUAUUCCCUCCUUGAAUGAAUGUUGACUUGGUACCCUUUGAUUGAACGAGUGGUGACUAGGAUGCCACCUCAGCUUGCC